AUGAAGCCUCACGCAGUAGUGAUUCCAUACCCUGCACAAGGCCACAUAGCCCCAGUCCUAAAACUAGCCAAACUUCUGCAUCAUAAGGGAUUCUUCAUCACUUUUGUCAACACAGAAUUCAAUCACGACCGCCUCGUCCGAGCUCGCGGCGUCGAUGCCGUGGAAGGCAUCGAGGAUUUCCAGUUCAGGACCAUCCCGGACGGCCUGCCGCCGCCGUCGAACAGUGAUGCAACCCAAGAUAUUCCUGCACUUUCUGAGUCAAUUACAAAGAAUUGUUUGGGCCCAUUUUUGGAACUUAUCCAGAAUCUCAAUGAUUCAUCUGAAUGUCCAAAAGUUAGUUGUAUUGUUUCUGAUGGAGUCAUGAGUUUUACAUUAGACGCUGCUGAAAAACUCGGAAUUCCCGAGGUUGUGUUUUUCACUACAAGUGCUUGUGGAUUCAUGGGGUACCUUUACUAUGGUGAACUUGUGGCUAGAGGAUAUGUCCCUUUUAAAGAUGAAAGCUUCUUCACAAAUGGUUAUUUGGACACUGAGAUUGAUUGGAUUCCAGGGAUGAAAGGAAUCCGGCUAAGAGACUUUCCCUCAUUCAUUCGAACAACAGAUUCCAAUGAUAUCAUGUUAAACUACAACAUCGUUCAACAUAAAAAUGCAUCCAGGGCCAAGGCCAUAAUUCUCAAUACAUAUGAUGAAUUGGAAGUGGAAGUCCUCGAGGCAAUUCGAGCCAAAUUCAAUCUUGUUUACACCAUUGGUCCAAUCCAACUGCUCGAAAAAGAAAUUUACGAGCAACAAUUGAAAUCCAUUGGAUCCAAUCUGUGGAAGGAAGAUAUGGGUUGUUUAGAUUGGCUUGAUCAGAGGGAAAAUGAUUCAGUGCUUUACAUUAAUUUUGGUAGUAUAACUCCUCUAUCUGCUGAUCAAAUGGUGGAGUUUGCUUGGGGAGUUGCUAAUAGCAAUCAGUAUUUCUUGUGGAUAAUCAGGCCUGAUAUGAUGAGCAGCAAAGGAACAAUUUUGCCAGAAGGGUUCUUGGAGACGACUAAAGGGAGAGGGAUUAUAGUGGAGUGGUGUUCACAGGAACAAGUUUUAGCCCACAAUGCUAUCGGUGGAUUCUUGACACAUUGUGGAUGGAAUUCAACCAUCGAGACGAUAUCGGAAGGCGUCCCAAUGAUAUGUUGGCCGUUUUUUGCUGAACAGCAAACAAAUUGUCGAUAUGCGUGCGCAAAAUGGGAUAUCGGGAUUGAGAUUGAAGGUGAUGUUACAAGAGAGAAAGUUGAGGAAUUGGUUAGGGUUAUGAUGGAGGGGGAAAAGGGGAAGGAAAUGAGGAAAAAGGCAUUGGAUUGGAAAAACAAGGCUCAAUUGGCUGCUAAGCCUAAUAGCUCUUCUUACAACAACUUGGAAAAGUUAAUCACUGAUACUCUACUAAAAAAUUAA